GUUUCUUACCACUAACACAUCAUCACAUCCAUCAAAAUGGCCGACUUUAGCGAAUACGGUAUUCCAACAGAAGAAUGGAUCGCUCUCGAAGCGACCCUCCCAGAGCCGCCAACAGACCUGGGUCUGGAUGAGCUGAAAAAGGCGAUGAACAGUGACCGCGAGGCUACUGCGGCCAAAGAGAUGAUUAACCAGGACUUUGUUUCCAGAGUGACAAUCCGCGACCACAACAUCCCCGGACGCGACGGUUACUCCAUCGAGGGACGGAGUUAUCGGCCAUCGAAUGUGCCUGAAUCCCAGUCUCUGCCUGUUUAUAUCCACCUUCACGGUGGUGGAUUCCUUUUCGGGACUCUUUCUUCCGAAGAUGCAACUUGCUCUCGUAUUGUGACUUCUCUAGCUGAGGAGAACUUUCCCAUCGUGGUAUUCAACAUCAACUACCGGCACACACCCGAAUACCCAUUCCCAAUUGCAUGGAACGACACCGAAGACGCCUUCCACUGGCUUCACGACAAUAUCGACCAAGUCGGCGGGGACAGCGACCAAAUAGUCGUUGGCGGUAUCUCCGCUGGCGCACUGCUCACUGCAUCCCUUGCAUUAAUCCAAAACCUCGGCAUCGAUGACUCACUAGCCAAACGGCCCAAGAUCAGGGGACAGAUUCUCAUGAUCCCGCCUCUUGUGAUUGGUGACGCCUACGAAACCCAGCUGAAGCAGCUGGUUAGUCCGGAAGUAUCGAGUUAUCGACAGAAUGAAUUCGCGCCUAUUCUACCCGUGGCUAGGAUGCAACUCUUCUCGAAGUUGAUGGGGGUGGAUAAGGUCAAGAUUGAGGAUAAUGAUCGACGGGUUAACCCUGGUAAUGCGACGGCUGACGAGGUCAAGGGAUUGCCUCCUGCUGUGUUUGGUAUUGCGGGACGUGAUCCGUUGAGAGAUGAGGGAUUGUUUUAUGGGAAGCUGCUUACGGAGAAUGGUGUUCCAACCAAGGUGAAUGUUUUCAAGGGACUUCCUCAUGGGUUUAGACGGUAUGGAGAUAAACUGUCUCCAUCGAAGAAGUACGAUGAGGUCAUGUAUCAGGGCAUCAAGUGGGCAUUGUCUGAGCCUGAGGCAACUGGGAAGUUUGAUAUUGAAGCUCAUUAAUGCAGCCCUGAAUAGAUAGACUCAUUGUGUCCAUGAGUCUUGUUGUAUAUAUCGUUGUCAUAGUAUUACGGAUUUAUCAGUCUAUAUAUUAAACUUAUAGAGGCAGUUACCAAGAUAAAUAAGAAUAGAAAACGAACCAUGCCAUAGAGCAUUUUAAGGCCAGCCGUACAGCAG